AUGAUGGAUCUUCAGCAUGGCCUUGCAUUCGCAGGCCGCUGUGUUGUUGAUGCUAGUACCGACUAUGCGGUCUCUGCUGGAUCAAAGUUAGUCAUUAUCACGGCCGGAGCACGUCAAAAAGAAGGCGAAUCGAGACUGUCGUUGGUGCAGAGAAAUGUUGAAAUUUUCAAAGGAAUCAUUCCGAAAAUCGUACAGAAUUCACCGGACACUCUUAUUCUAGUAGUGGCUAACCCAGUUGACGUGCUCACAUACGUUGCAUGGAAGCUGUCCGGUCUUCCGAGAGAGCGUGUUUUCGGAUCUGGCACAAACCUUGACUCGGCAAGAUUCCGUUUCUUGUUGUCCGAGAAGCUCAAAAUCGCUCCUUCCUCCUGCCAUGGAUGGAUUAUUGGAGAACAUGGCGAUUCUAGUGUGGCUGUGUGGUCUGGCGUGAACAUUGCUGGUGUUUCACUUGCUCAGGUUGCUCAAGCUGUUGGUGCCCCUAAAGGUAGGGAACAAUGGCAGAUAGAUCUUCAUAAGAAAGUCGUUGGCAGUGCCUAUGAAAUCAUAAAGUUGAAAGGAUAUACAUCCUGGGCAAUUGGACUUUCCGUUGCUCGAAUUGCUCAGGGAGUUUUGAGCAACUCCAGGAACGUCUUUGCUCUUUCCAUCAAUGUCAAGGGUCUUCACGGUAUAACCGACGACGUCUAUCUAUCACUUCCAUGCGUUGUUGGAACAAACGGCGUCACCCACAUAAUCAAACAGAAUCUCAAUGAGGAAGAGAUUGCACAGCUCCACAAAAGUUGGAAGACUCUAUUCGAAGUGCAGAGCCAAAUUAAGCUGUAA